AUGCCUCCUCGAAGCUCACUAACCAGCUCCUUCUCGGUCACCGACGCCAAUAAUGAGGUCGUGUGUCCCUUGAAGAAUAACGAUGGCUCCAAUUGUCGCAAGCGCUGCUUGGGAGAGAAGCGCUAUCGCUCCAUGCAGGAGCAUAUUCGACGUGCGCAUCCGAAUCACUACAUCCCGAAGCUCCCGGCUACCGAGGAGAGCUUUCUGCUGAUGGUUAACACCCCGCCCGAACAACGAGCCCAGCUCUCUCCUCCAGAACCAGCUCAGCCGCGACGCCGUGAUGUGACGGAUAGGGACAUUUACGUCGCUGACGCCAGCUCCCCGGCCACCCCUCGAGCUCUAGAUGAACCCCACCCGGCGGCGGCCACAGCUGCCGUGGCCCUGGCACAAUUACACCAUCAUCGCCUCGCCUCCGACUGGGAUACAGACAUGGUAUGUCAUCUCCGGAUUGUGCGCCCGCCACCUUGCAGUAGUGUUGACCCGCAUCUCCCCCAGGAUACCCACUCCGACACCGACAUGAACCGAGAUCGCAUGCGCUCGUCGAUCGAGCUGCCCUCUCUGCGCGACCACUUCAAACAGGAAUCUCUGCCCCCGUUUGCUUCGCCGCGCCCACGGGAGCUUCUUCCGUCUAUCCUCAACCAUUCCCCGCCCGGUCGCUCGUCCACUCUACCCCCGAUUCAGCGACGAGAAAAACUCUCCCGUCCCCGCAAGUCGUCUAUCACGCAGUCUGCCCGGAAACCUAGACACGAUCGGCCCAAGUCCAAGGAAUUCGGCCGGCGACCUAGCCUUGGCGAUCGCAAGGCUCUUUCCGCGGAGCCGCAAACCGCCGCCUGGGCGCAAGGCAAGCGCUGGGAGGAUUUGAUUGAAGCGGCGACGUCCGCCACCGAAGCAGAUGACGAACGCUACUCGGAGGCGGGCCGGUCACCCACAAUCGCCCCGCUGCUGCCCAGUGUGACUUCUGCGCCGUCCGCGCAGAAGAAUCGGUCUUCGCUACCCCCCGCUUUCCAAUCGGCAUCUGGACUGCCACCUCUUCCCCCACACCGGCCAUUUCCUCCUCAUUCUUAUACAGCGUCGCCCUUGCACAAAUCGUUGACCCCACCGCCAUACGAGGGCCACCGGGGCCGCGACAGUGAUCUGGAGCCCUUCCCGUCUAUUGAAUCAUCGCUUGACUCUAUGUCCUCGGCAUCCGGCAAGAAUUUCCCAUCGUCAGCCUCGGGGCUUGCAUCCAACUCAGAUUCCAGUCCAAUUUUUAAUCUCAUUCCCCCGAUUUCCCAGCGCCAGCAUCACCGGUUCUCGAACCCCACCCCAGCAUCUUUCCGCAACAAAGAGGUGCAGAUCUACUGUGCGCAUUGCAAACGACCUUGGGCGCUGAAUGAGUGCUAUGCCUGUACAGAGUGUAUUUGUGGAGUAUGCCGCGAAUGCGUCGGCAUGUUCAUCUCGAGUCCUCCGACCUCGUUCCGCAGUCCCGGACAUGGGCCUCUAAACAGCAUACCGCCUCAGGGGCCGACCAGCUACCCGAGUGCUCGGGGCUGUCCGCGCUGUCGAACAGUAGGCGGCAAGUGGAAAGCAUUCCAGCUGGAAUUCAGAUGA